UUAAUGGAGGGAACUCAACUUUACAAACUCUCUUUCAACAAAGUACAGUAGAAAUUUAAAGAGUACAGUCCAAAACACAUACAGCUUCUGCUUCUGGCGCCAUUUCCCCUACCCAAAAAGAGGGACUUGUUCAAAAUCUUCUCUCUCUAGAACUGUCUUUCUCUCUCUGUUCCAUUUUUGUUGUCUCGGAGAUGGAGGACAAGGGGAGUGCCGGAUACGGGUCGGCCCCGUCCAACCCGGGGACGGAACCGGCACCGGCGAGCGGCGGCGGGGGGAUGGUGCCUCAGGUGAUGAGGAUGGCUGCUGUCGACACCGCAGGCGGUGGUGUUCCGGCGUCUGGAGCCGGUUCUAUGGCGAUUGUUCCCGGCGGAAGUGGUGAUCUGUCGGUGAAGAAGAAGAGAGGGCGGCCCAGAAAGUAUGAUUCCGACGGUAACUUGAGAGUACCGUAUGUUUCAACUACACCGCCACCGCCGGGGUUUACUUUUUCGCCGCCGUCUUCCGAGUUUUCUUCCAAAAGGGGCCGUGGCCGGCCGCCUGGCUCUGGCAACUGGCAGCUGCUUGCCUCUCUAGGUGAGCUGUUUGCGAACACAGCCGGGGGGGAUUUUACACCACAUGUUGUCACAGUAAAUACAGGGGAGGAUGUCGCAGCCAAGAUUCUUUCAUUUUCUCAGAAGGGUCCUCGAGGAAUCUGCGUGCUCUCUGCCAAUGGUGCUGUUUCUAACGUUACGAUUCGCCAGCCGGGUUCUUCCGGUGGACUCUUGACAUAUGAGGGCCGCUUCGAGAUAUUGUCUCUAUCUGGGUCGUUUACCAUCUCUGAAAAUGGCGGUGUAAGAAGCCGAACUGGGGGAUUAAGUGUCUCGCUGGCUGGUCCUGAUGGCCGUGUUAUUGGUGGCGGCAUUGCUGGUUUAUUGAUGGCUGCUAGCCCAAUCCAAAUGGUGGUGGGGAGCUUCAUGCCAAAUGGCUUCAAGGCACACAAAAGAAAGCACCAAUAUGAACCCAGAACCACUCCGGCAGCUCUAGGCUCCCCGGAUAUGGUCACCCAGGCGACGCCAAUAUCCCAAGCAGCACCUGCCAGGAGCUUCUCUCCUUUGCCAGCCUCUCAUUUUUCAGUACACGACCAUGGAGAAGCUGAUAACAACAUUGACAAACAUAACAUAAAUUCAACACCCGAUAGCGCUGAAUGGAAUGACUUGGAACCGGCAUCGCCUCAACGACCAUCUCCUGACAUCAAUGUGUCUGUGCUAGUAGAUUGAUUAGUCUGGAGGUAUGGGUUUUUUUUUUUUUUUCCCCCCCUCUAUUUUUCUUUUGGUCUUGUUUUCAUUUUUCACCCUCGUUUUGGUUCCUAACGUAAUGCAUGUUCUUGAAGACAAUAUUAGGGCUGGUAGAGACUCACAGAGGCUGAUAUUAUUAGUUACUAAGGCUAAUUUUAACUUGUUCGAUUCAUGUUGUAACAAAUAACAUUAUUGUGAAAGACUUUUAAACACUGCUUGGUGUUGUGUAGUAACAUAUUCCAGCCGUCAAAUUCUCUUCCAGAAUCGGUUGAAUCUUCGUUUUUCUGUUUCUUCGCAUUUUGGUGAUCAAUUCUUUGCUGCGCUUCUUCUCAUCGCAGCCAAUGUUUUAUGGGGUUUUAUGUCCUGCUUUU